AUGGCUCUGAACAAGUUAAGCAUUGAAAACUUGGAUUUGGCUGGAAAAAGAGUUUUGAUGAGAGUCGACUUCAACGUCCCCAUUAAGGACGGCAAAAUUACCAGCAACCAACGUAUCGUCGCUGCCUUGGAUAGUGUGAAAUAUGCAUUCUCGAAGAAUGCUAAAGCCGUCAUAAUGAUGUCUCAUUUGGGACGUCCUGAUGGCAACAAGAACCCCAAAUACACUAUGGCUCCCGUUGCCGAGGAGUUGAAGAAGUUGUUGGGCAAGGAUGUUACAUUCCUUAAUGACUGCGUUGGACCCGAAGUCGAGGAAAAGUGCAAAAAUCCUCCAGAGGGCAGCGUUAUCUUAUUGGAAAACGUACGCUUCUAUGUUGAGGAGGAGGGCAAAGGUGUAGAUGCUACCGGUGCCAAGGUUAAGGCUGAUCCAGCUAAGGUUAAAGCUUUCCGUGAAAGCUUGGCCAAGUUGGGUGAUGUUUAUGUUAACGAUGCUUUCGGUACUGCCCAUCGCGCCCACAGUUCCAUGAUGGGCGAAGGAUUUGAAAAGCGUGCUGCCGGUUUGUUGCUGAAUAAGGAGUUGAAAUACUUCUCACAAGCCUUGGAUAACCCACCACGUCCUUUCUUAGCUAUUCUCGGCGGUGCCAAGGUAGCCGACAAAAUCCAAUUGAUUGAGAAUCUCUUGGAUAAGGUCAACGAAAUGAUUAUCGGCGGUGGUAUGGCAUUUACUUUCUUGAAAGUAUUAAACAACAUGAAAAUCGGCUCAUCAUUGUUCGAUGAGGAAGGUUCUAAAAUUGUACAAAACCUAGUUGAUAAGGCCAAGAAGAACAAUGUCCAACUUCAUUUGCCCGUCGAUUUUGUUUGCGGCGAUAAAUUUGCUGAAGAUGCUGCCGUUAGCGAAGCCACAGUUGAAAGUGGCAUUCCCGAUGGACACAUGGGUUUGGAUGUUGGACCUAAAACCAGAGCCGCUUUCGCUGAACCAAUUGCACGCGCCAAGAUCAUUGUAUGGAACGGUCCUCCAGGUGUCUUCGAAUUUGCCAAUUUCGCCAACGGCACAAAAGCUGUUAUGGACGCUGUUGUAGCAGCCACCAAGAAUGGCUGCGUUUCGAUUAUUGGUGGUGGUGAUACUGCCUCUUGCUGUGCCAAGUGGAACACCGAAUCUCAAGUUUCGCACGUUUCGACCGGCGGUGGUGCAUCGUUGGAAUUGUUGGAGGGCAAGACAUUGCCAGGUGUUGCUGCUUUGAGUAAUGCAUAGAUCCAUGUAGGUGGUACAUCA